CAGCUGCGCCGCUUCCCCCGAUCGCCCCAGGCGGAAGCCAAAGGAGACAGCCGCCGCCUCCUCCCCAGGCUGCGCACCAUGGACAGCGGGGGCCGGCGGGUGGUGGUCUGCGACAACGGCACCGGGUUUGUGAAAUGUGGAUAUGCCGGAUCCAAUUUCCCGGAGCAUAUUUUCCCAGCUUUGGUGGGACGUCCGAUUAUUCGGUCCAGCGUUAAGGUUGGCAAUAUUGAGAUCAAGGACCUCAUGGUGGGUGAUGACGCCAGCAAGUUGCGUUCCAUGUUGGAGGUGAACUAUCCCAUGGAGAACGGGAUUGUGCGCAGCUGGGAGGACAUGAAAUACUUGUGGGACUACACUUUUGGGCCAGAGAAACUCAACAUUGACCCUCGUAACUGCAAGAUCCUGCUCACGGAGCCCCCUCUGAACCCCACCAAGAACCAAGAGAAGAUCAUUGAGGUAAGCAGGACUGGAGGUGACGAUCAGAGAGUUUUACUGGAGGACUUGAUCAAGGUUAUGUUUGAAACCUACCAGUUUGAUGGUGUCUAUAUUGCGAUCCAAGCUGUGUUGACGCUUUAUGCUCAAGGUCUGCUGACUGGAUUGGUGGUGGACUCCGGAGAUGGGGUCACUCACAUCUGCCCCGUCUACGAGGGGUUUUCGUUGCCCCACCUCACCCGCCGGUUGGAUAUCGCAGGGCGUGACAUCACACGCUACCUCAUCAAGCUCUUGUUACUUCGCGGCUACGCCUUCAACCACUCGGCUGAUUUUGAGACGGUCAGGAUGAUGAAAGAGAAAUUGUGUUACGUGGGUUACAACAUUGAUCAGGAACAACAGUUGGCCCGCGAGACCACGGUGUUGAUGGAAUCCUAUACGCUGCCAGAUGGACGUGUGGUCAAACUGGGGGGGGAGCGCUUUGAAGCCCCCGAAGCCCUGUUUCAGCCUCACCUCAUCAACGUGGAAGGAAUGGGGAUGGCCGAGCUACUGUUCAACACCAUUCAAGCAUCUGCAGUGGACACCUGGGCAGAGUUUUAUAAGCAUAUUGUUCUUUCGGGGGGCUCUACCAUGUACCCCGGCCUGCCGUCCCGCCUGGAGCGUGAAAUCAAACAGUUGUAUUUAGAGCGGGUGUUAAACGGGGAUGUAGGGAAACUGUCGAAAUUCAAAAUUCGCAUCGAGGACCCCCCACGCCGAAAACACAUGGUGUUCCUGGGGGGCGCCGUCCUCGCCGACAUCAUGAAAGAUAAGGAGGGCUUCUGGCUGCAGCGUUCCGACUAUCUGGAAAAGGGGAUCCGGGUUCUGGAGACACUCGGAGGGCCAGUGUGAUAAAUGGGGAUGGAUUUCCUCAUGGCUUCCAGCCUUUUCCUUUCUUUCUUUUUUUCUUUCUCUUCCUCCCUUCCUUUCCUUACUUUUUCUCUUCCUCUCUCCCCUUUUUCUUUCCUUUUUUUUCUUCCUCCCUCCGUUUCCUUUUUUUUCUCUUCCACCCUCCUUUCCUUUUCUUCCAUUUCUUUUCCUCCCUCCCUCCUUUCUUUUCUCUUCCUCUCUCCCUUUCCUUCUUUCUUUCCUUUCUCUCUUCCUUUUUUCUUUCUCCCUCCCUUUCCUUCUUUUUCUUUCUUCAUUUCUUUCCUUUCUUCUCUUUCUUUCUUCUGUUCCUCCCUCCCUUUUUCCUUUCAUUUUUUAUCUCUUGCUCCCUCCCUCCCUUUCCUUUCUUCUUUCUUUCCUUUCCUUUCCUUUCUUUCUUUCUUUCCUUUGCAACUAGAACACCGAGUAGUUUUUUGGAAGGGAUUGUUUGGGACGCUUUCAAUGUUCAAGUUGCUAGUCCUCUUCAAAGGGGGGGGGGAGGGAGGGAGCAGCGUCCCAAGGGAACGUCAAAUCGGCAACUCUUUAAAAUGUCAAGUUUGCCUUUCUGCAAGGCAGCUCCAGAUAGUUCAAAUUCGAAUUCUAAUUUUGAUUAUUUUUCAUUCAUUUCUAUCCUAGCUUUUCAGGGAAAAUAAGUUUUUUGGGCUUUGUUGUUAGAAAAGGAAUAUACUGCCAAUUUUCACCUCACUUCUCAGGGACAUACCAGCAGUACUGAAGGCUGUUUCUGCUGCCUGCAAUUUGGCAGUUCGAAUCUCACCAGGAUCAAGGUUUGACUCAGCCUUCCGUCCUUCCAAGGUCGGUAAAAUGAGGACCCAGAUUGUUGGGGGCAAAAGGCUGACUCUGUAAACUGCUUAGAGGGCUGUAAAGCGGUAUAUAAGUCUAAGUGCUACUGCUAUCCUUGCAAAAUACAGAAUAAAAUACAGAAUAACAGAAGUUGGAGGGGACCCUUGGAGGUCUUCUAGUCCAACCCCCUGCUCAAGCAGGAGACCCUAUACCAGUGGUAGUCAACCUGGUCCCUACCACCCACUAAUGGGCGUUCCAGCUUUCAUGGUGGGCGGUAGGGGUUUUGUCCGAUACUGAAGCACUUUCCUUUUUUUUUUUUAAUUUGACUUUUUAAAAAAAUUUCAUAGCAUUAUUUAAUUAGGUUUUCAUCAAAUUCCCCGUGACCAUUUAAAUUUCUGAAAAUAUACCAUUUGCAUCGCCCGCGCAUAAGCUUAGUUCACGUUACUUAAGUGAAACUAAAUGGUAAGCAAUUUAUUAUUAUAUGCUUUAAUUUGCUGUAACUCUGCUUUGUAAAUUUUACAAAGUAAAGUCACUUCCCUACUUUAUAAAUCACCAUUACUGUGGAACUGGUUGGGCGGUUAGAAAAUUUUACAACUAACAGAGAUACGUAAGUGGGCGGUAGGUAUAAAAAGGUUGACUACCCCUGCACUAUACUUAUAUUCAACAUUUUUUCCCCCUAGCCAUUCCAUUUUUUUUAAUUUUUUUAUUUGAAUUUAUAUCCCGCCCUUCUCCGAAGACUCAGGGUGGCUUACACUGUGUUAAGCAAUAGUCUUCAUCCAUUUGUAUAUUUAUAUACAAAGUCAACUUUAUUGCCCCCAACAAUCUGGGUCUUCAUUUUACCUUAGAAAGGAUGGAAGGCUGAGUCAACCUUGGGCCUGGUGGGACUUGAACCUGCAGUAAUUGCAAGCAGCUGCUGUUAAUAACAGACUGUCUUAGCAGUCUGAGCCACAGAGGCCCCAUUUUAACUUCAUCUUAAAAAUAACCAGGGGAAAAAAAAUCAUUUUACCUCAGGAUCAAAGGCAAACCAGCUCUGCUUGCUCUCAAAUGUAAUUUCUGAUGUAAUUUUCUGAAUCAGGGUAUUUUUAUAAGAAAACGACUUUUGCAGAGGGUGGGGUGGGGGCAAAACAGCUAUAACAAAAUCAUUUGAGCCCCCCCCCCGAGAAAGAUCCAUGCCCCCCCAAAAAAAGUUUACUCUCCUUGAAGUGUAAUUCUUCUUUUCCUCAGUUUUGCUUUAAAUAAAAAAACAAUUAACAAUCCUUUAUAUUGUUGAAACAUGAAAAUGUGUAUGUUUAAAAUGUUUAAAUGUCGCAGUCGUUAAGCGAAUCGUGCGGUCGUUAAGCGAAUCUGGCUCCUCCCAUUCACUUUGCUUGACGGAAGCCGGUUGCCAAGCAACCAAAUUUUGAUCAGGUGUGGGCGCUGCGAUGGUCGUAAGUGUGAGUACUGGUCAUAAGUAAAUUUUUUCUCUCACUUGAACCGCAAGAUGGACAGCAAAAUAAAUUUGGUAAUUUUUUUUCCCCCCAGCCCUGUUGUAACUUCGGACGCUGAACAAGUGGCUGUUGUCUUAACUCAAGGACUGCUUUACAGGUAAUCCAUGACUUACAGCGGUUCGCUUAGUGACCGUUGUAAGUUACUGACAAAAACUUGACUUAUGACCAUUUUUUUACACCUAUAGCCAUUGUUGCAUCCCCAUGGUCAUGUGACUUACAACUGAUGCUUGACAACUGAUUCAUAUUUAUGACAGUUGUGGCGUCCCAGAGUCAUGGAGGUCGCCUUUUGCGACCUUCCGAUGACCAGUGGGGGGGGGGGGACACACCUGAUUCGCUUAACGACCGUGUGACGAAUUUUAACAACAGCAGCGAUCCGGUUAAGAACCGUGGCGAGAACAACGGGACAAACCUCACUUGAUGAACGUCUCGCUUAGCAUUGUCGAUUUGGGGCUCAAUUGCGGUCGUACGUCGAGGACUACCUGUCCAAAACAAAGCCGGCCGGAAAAAAAAAAAGGGAGACACGAAGUUUGCAGAAGGUGACUUUUUUUUUGUGACUUAAAUCGCAAAAUGGGAAAAAAAAUGCCCAGUUUGGAAAGACGGAGACAAAUGAAAGUUGUGUUUAUAAUUGGGCUGUGAUUUUAAAUCAGGCCGGUUCCUUUCUUGUGGCUUAGCGUCGGUUGCAAAGCCGGCUGGUUGGGCGAGUUGUGGGUUCAGUGUGUUUGUGAACGUGGAAAAGGGGCUGAACCACGAAACAGGUUUAACACGUUGUGUAAAUCGGAGU